AUGGCUGUGCUCGACACCUUCGUAGACCACAUGCUCAUCAACCCACUCAUAGGUGCCGUCAGCAGCAAACUUUCAGCACUCCAUAUCAUACGGACGUCCAGCCACAUCCCAACAAGCCACACGACGUGCUACUACCCUCCAGACCUAGGCGUAAUCGCCCCGAACGUCACAACAUUGAGGAUUGACGGUACUCUCGUAUCCGUUUUGCCGCGAUGGCACCUUUGUCAUGCCACGCUCGCGAAAGGGGCGUUUCUUUCGUACAAGAGCCACUACAGCAUUUUCAAUUGUAGCGCGGUCACUACGCUCGUGUUGGAUGGUGCCGUCAUUCCUAGCACUACCCCGCAUGUGCGUGGGAUCACGGACCGGAGGGAGUCAUCCGUCAGGGAUCUCGUUGUAUCCGACCUGCGUCUACAGCUUCCGCAGCCGCUUCCUCAUAUGCCUGUUGACAACUCCGGGGGCAACGAAGAUGAAGGAGGCCAAGGCGUCGCAGCUGGUGAUGAAGGCGGCACAACUAACCAUCCCAUUCCCCAAUUCACGGCAGAGUACCGCUCAGACGCCUACUCGACCUUCUUCGCCCUCUCCUUGCACUGCGCCCUCGUAUCCCUCACCCUCGCCCACCUCUCGCAAGACGCCAUAGUUGGGUUCGUUGCCGUACUUCUCUACAACGGUCUCCCAACAACGUGCCCCGAGCUGCGGGAGCUGAGGAUACGUGGUAUCCUAUUUGGGAGGAUGGCUUAUGAGGGGAUGACAAGGGCGUUUCCGAACCUGUCGGAUAUCGAGUUAGAGGAUGUGGGUGGGAGGCGAGUGGUGUUCUUCGACGUUUGGAGGAAUGGGGUCAGUGCGAGGCCGCAGCAGCAGGUGUGGCCGAUGCUCGGGGAGGUGAUGUUGGAUGGAGAGCUGAUUUCGAGGGGAAGCAGGCCUCUUUUACCUGGACACCUUCGAGGUCCGGUGCAAGAGACGUAA